ACAUAACAUAAUAUUCAUUACUCUAGCAAGUUUUGAUAAGUUGAUAGGCAAGGUGUUUUAAGUUAUUAAAACAAAAUAAUAUAAGCUAUAAAAGUGAUAUUUAUAUUGUGAAGUUUAUUAGUUAUAUAUGUAUUUAUAGAAUAAUAGAAUGUCUGACAGAGUAUAUGUAGCUAAGCUACCAAAAACCAGUUCAGAAAUUAUAAGUGAAGCGAAAGCAGCUCUGAAUCCAUCCCUUUAUGUAAAGCCACUGACAACAAAUAGACCAUUCACCCCUCGCGAAAGGGUAUUCUUCUGUAACCGACGAACAAAUCGUCCACCAAGUGCUUUUAAGUUACAACAAGUUCAAUUGCAGGAAAAGAAAAAAACUAGUUGUACAAAAUUACCAGCUCUUUAUAAUACAAAAUAUUCUACAGCCAAUAAUUUAGAUUGUAAAAAAGAAAUUAAAAGACAAACACAAAGCAGUUCUCCUAACACAACACGUCGACGUUCUAAUUCAGACGUGGCCAACAACGCAAACAUAUCAAGAAAAAAAAUUUCAUCGUUGUCAUUUCCUUUAUCAAUCGACACACUACUUAAGAAUCAUUAUGAACAAAAUAUGUACGAUCAUGAGUAUAUGAGCCAUGAAAAUGAAAUCAACGAAGCGAGAGCACUAUGUUUUGAUGUUCACACUGAUUGCCUAUGGAUCGUGUCACUAAUUGAAACCAAAAUGAAAAAAAAUUUUGAAACUAGUGAGAUGUGCUCACUUUUAAAUAAACUAGCAAUGGCCAUUAAGCGCGAAAACCUAUCAGUAAUACGUGAUGAAAAUAAGAAGGAGACUAUACUGAAAACAGUAUUUAAACUUGUGAACACUUCACCCGACGACGAACUUACUGUUCAUAUAUUAUUAGUAUUACUUCAGAUGCAAGUGACUGGAAAAUAUUUAGCAACUGUUUGCAAACUAAUAUUCAAAAUAUCUCGUUUAGAUAAAAACGAUAAUUUAUUCCUCGAAACCAAUAUAUUAACCCUUUUUGUAGAUAUACUUGGUUUAGCUACUCCACACGAAGAUUCCGAGUCAUUGAUUUAUGGCUACGGAGCUUUAAAAUUUCUUACUAUGAAUCCAGAUUUAAUGGAACGUGCUAUGAAUAACGGUUGUCUAUCGUUAAUGUUACUACAUUUGAAAAUGAUAAAUUUAGAAAGAACAGAACGUCAAAUCUUGCCGGAAACCAUCAACCACGUACUAUACCAAUUAACUGGCACUCUUAGAAAUGUAGUCAAUGACAGAAAAUUCUACGUUGAACUUUUAUCUUCGGGUGGUUUAAUGACUAUAUACCGUGCUUUGGAAUUGUUUUCUGGAGAUAUCGAUGUUGUUACGAACAUUUCCAGAAUUUUAAGCAUUAUGUCCACUGAUGAGAAAUGCUGUGAAGCACUUGUGGAGUGCUGGUCAAAUGUAUCUGUAUUAAUGUCAGUAAUAGAAAAAUACCCGGGACAAGAAGAAAUUGUAGUUCGUAUUACCUAUGCAUUAGGGAACAUACUGACCAAUAAUGAAAACGCUAGACAUCAAUUAUACGAGACACAUUGUUCUAUGGGAACAUUUUUGAAUUUAAUGCAAUUAUACUUGGAAAAAGAUUUAAACAAUAUAUCACGUGACGUUAAAUUCAACAUUGUCGAGGACGUGCUAAUCAAAAUAAUACGCGUCAUAGUAAAUAUGAGCAUACAACCAGAAAUCGGUGCUAAGUUAGUAAAGGUGGCAGACGAUUAUCAUCCAGUUCACAAAGUAAAAGAAUGCGAACAGUUUUUAGAUUCUUUACUGACUAUACUUAGGCGGAAAUCUAUUGAUGAAAACGAAGAGCUUGUACUUGCUGCGUUAGCUGCUUUAAACAAUUUAUCUUAUUAUGCGGACAUGUCAAACCCAAAUUGUGGCCCUUUUGGAGCUCGUCAGCUAGACAUAACACAAGCAUUGAGCUUGUUACUUACAACCAGAAAUCAUUUUUGUAAAGUGGAAGUAGCUAGAGUAUUUGGAAACUUAACUAGAUCAGCUACAGUUCGAGAUUACUUAUUGGAGACUAGUGGAUUAUUGGCGGUUACCAAUUGCUUGGAUAGUGGUGACAUAGAAUUACUGGUCGUAUGUUGCGGCGUAUUGGUUAAUAUGACCUCUGACGAGAACAACCGACAAGCAUUCAAAAAUUACAAUGGCGUUUCAAAAAUGGUAAAUAUUCUUAGGUCGUCAGGUGAACGCAAUUGGACCUUGUCGUCACUUAUAUGCCAAACCUUGUGGAACGUGUGUUCAGACAGUGACAGUUUUCCGGGCGACCCAAUAGUAGUGCUUGACACGCUGGUCAAACUCACAGACGAAGAACAAUUAUUUGGUGAGCUAUUGUCGUCGGACGAGGAGAAAGUUGCAGAGUACAAGCAGUGGGAAGAUUUCGCUUCGGUGGCUACAAAUCUCUUAGAGUGGUUAGACGAACUAUUAGAAGGGAGAUUUGAUAACAUAGAACAAUAAUGCUGAUUGUCUAAUUCUCGUUUUAUUUAUCAUUGUUCUUGUACUCAGAUGUUUGUAGCAUAACUGCAUAGGUAUCGGUGGUUGACAAAUUAUGUGAAACCCCAGUACCACAUGAUGUGUGUUGUUUAAUCAAAACUAAAUUACUUUAUAUUAUAAAAAAAAUUAUUCUAAAAUUACAUAAUUAUAUUAAUUUAAUACUAAAAUAUUACAUUUUAAUAUUUUAUUUUUUUCUCAAGAUCUGGACAUCUUACGCGUAUGUGUAUUGUGUAGGUAUAAUGUUUUCAUCUUAUACUAAUGCACUGCAUAAUUGACAUUUACGUUCAGUAUAGUUGUUAAUUUAAAUAUUAAAAUGAAUUUUCCAAUUAUCAAAUCUAUAUUAUCUGUGUAAUCGCGUUGAAUUUUUCACAAUAUUUAAAUUAUCAAGCGAGUUAUGAGCAUUUUUAAAUAUUAAUAUUUUUAUACUCUACCUACAUAAUUAAAAAUUAAAAUAUGGUAAAAAUGUAAUGAUCGAACACAAACAGUAUUCUUACAUUUAAGUUGAAUUAUUCCUAAUAUAUAUCUUAAUAUUCUUAUAUCCUAAUAUAUCCUAUGAAAUAUAGUCCUUUAUGAUUAUAUAUAGCCAUAUAGGAUAAUUUACUCUAAAGUCUAAUAUUUAAAAUAUCAACACAAAAUUUGAACUGCUGAACACGAAUUUGUUAUGUUGUCCAUUUUACAUUUAUAAGACUUCGGAGACAACACUAUCAGUUGUAAGUCUUCUUAAAAUUGACUUAUUUGUCGAUACUUGCAGAUUUCCCACCACCUUGGUAAACAUUUUUCUUUGAAAAACAUUAAUCACUCAGAUUAUAAUCGUUAUAUAUUAUAAUAACCCUAUAUUUAAUCAAUAAACACUAAUGAUUUUGGUCCAAUGUCCAAUAUAUUUUAGUGUAGUUUUAAUAAGUUACUAAAACUGUUGAAUGUAUUUUGUAGAAUAUAGAAUAAAUUAAUAUUUUUACUUAUUAAAAAUUAUCUAAAAAUAAGUUCGUCAUUCAAUGAUAAUUUUAUAAAAAUACUAUUUCUAUAAUUUACAUAAAGGUAAUGUAAAUUAAUAAGUUUAGAAUAAUAGUGUUUCUUUCAUC